AGCUGCUUCACGUGUAUGCCUGGCAGUGGCUGCUGGAGCUGCUCCCAGCCUGGACAACUACUCUCAGCUGUACAGCUACUACACCGCUCUCUGCUUCUUAUAUCACCUAGGGCUUUAGAAGGGGGCGUGUGUAUUCACAGGCUUGGAGAAACUACUCCCAUACAAGUGUGGACUAGCUGCUGGCAUAACUGCUACAGGAUACUCAGCACAAGUUGCACCCUUUCAAUUCAUUCCCCCCUUUUUGUAUUGAUCUACCAUUCAGCAUCCCAAACUUGCUUGAUGUCUGGAUCCCCAAAGAGAGAACUCUUAGAACAUGAGAAGAAUCAAAGUGAUGAUUUAAUUUCCAUUACUGUGUAAACCGUCACUGGAAACAACCUGCAUCAAAGACAAAUCAAUUGUGUGAAGCAAUUUUCAAGUAAGUUGGACUGUUGUGGGCACAGAAUGAACUUAAUAUGGAUGUAAAGGAACGUAGGCCUUAUUGUUCCUUGACAAAGAGCCGGCGAGAAAAGGAAAGACGUUACACAAAUUCUUCGGUGGACAAUGAUGACUGUAGAGUGCCUACACAAAAAUCAUACAGCUCAAGUGAAACUCUGAAAGCUUUUGAUCAUGAUUCUUCACGGCUGCUCUAUGGAAACCGUGUGAAAGACCUGGUUCACAGAGAAGCAGAUGAAUAUGCCAGACAAGGGCAGAACUUCACUUUGCGGCAGCUGGGCAUCUGUGAACCAGCAUCUCGUCGGGCACUGGCCUUUUGUGCAGACAUGGGGCUUCCACAUAGAGGUUACUCCAUCAGUGCAGGUUCAGAUGCUGAGACUGAAAAUGAAGGGGUCAUGUCUCCAGAGCAUGCAAUGAGACUUUGGGGAAGGGGCAUGAAAUCUGGGCGCAGUUCCUGUCUCUCCAGUCGUUCCAACUCAGCUCUGACACUGACUGACACAGAGCACGAGAACAAGUCUGACAGCGAAACUGACAGCGUGGUCACGAUACAAGAAGUCAUUGACAGCUGGGGAGAAGGAGGCCAUCAGAACAUUCAGAACGAAGGAUAUGAGUGGAAAACGCAUGGCAACAUGUUGCAAGAACACCUCAAGAUAACAAAAUGGAAUGAUAUGGCUCAAAGUGACCUGGAUACUCAGACUGGUUACAGAACGAGAAGAUCAGUGAAAUGUACAGCAGUAACACAAGAUUUGUUGCAGUGCAAGCAGCCAGCCACUCACAGCCGCAACCUAAAAUGUGAAAACGGCUUUCUGGGUUCUCCCAUGCCAUCCUCAUCUUCUAGUCCUUCAGUCACUGAGCAUUUCCAUUCCCCUUCUCCAUCACCCCGUCUCCAUGACAACCAGAGGUGGUUAUUAAGUGCUAGUGCCAAGCAGUCGAUUCAGGACUCUGAUGACGAGUUUAAUGCCAGCACAUGUCUGGUGCAUCCGCCAUAUCUGUCAGAGAGUGUCCAGUGUCAUGAGCAAUCGCCAAACAACCAAGGCCAGUCAACUUUGCAGCCUUUACCACCUACUCACAAGCAGCAUCCUGCAGCACAGCAACCAUCCAUCACAUCCCUCAAUCGCAAUUCUUUGACACAUAGGAGGAACCAAAGUCCGGCCCCGCCGGCUGCGCUGCCCGCCGAGCUGCAAACCACACCUGAGUCCGUCCAGCUGCAGGACAGCUGGGUCCUUGGCAGUAAUGUGCCACUGGAGAGCAGAAAAAUAGCAAAUCACCCAGUUCUUGAAAAUGGGCAUGACAACCUCAUAGAGAUGGCCGUGUUUCCACCACCUUGCCAUGAUGGCGACUAUGGGGAUGGGCAUUUUCUAUUCAAAACUGGAACAGGGACAACCCCACUGUUCAGCACUGCUACACCCGGAUACACCAUGGCCUCUGGCACUGUUUAUACUCCUCCUACCAGACCACUUCCUCGAAACACCUUGUCAAGAAGUGCUUUUAAAUUCAAAAAGUCCUCAAAGUACUGUAGUUGGAAAUGUACUGCACUCUGCGCCGUAGGGGUAUCGGUACUACUGGCAAUACUACUAUCCUAUUUUAUAGCCAUGCAUCUGUUUGGCCUCAACUGGCAGCUUCAGCAGACAGAAAAUGACACUUUUGAGAAUGGAAAAGUAAAUUCAGAUGUGGUGCCAACACACACUGUAUAUGUGCCCGCUGGUGAUAAUGGGAAAUCUGGUGGUCUUGGACAGGAAAACAAUACAAUUGACUCUGGAGAACUGGAUGUUGGUCGGAGAGCUGUUCAAGAGAUUCCUCCAGGAGUAUUUUGGAGAUCACAAAUUUCCAUUGAUCAGCCUCAGUUUCUAAAGUUUAAUAUUACCCUUCAGAGAGAUGCACUGAUUGGAGUAUAUGGAAGGAAAGGAUUACCCCCAUCGCACACUCAAUAUGAUUUUGUGGAACUCCUGGAAGGAAGCAGAUUGAUUUCAAGAGAAAAACGCAACCUGCUAGAGUCUGAGAAGACUGGACGCAUUCCAAGGUCUGUCAGCGUUCAUGAAGCUGGUUUCAUCCAGUAUCUGAACUCUGGCAUCUGGCACAUAGCAUUUUAUAAUGAUGGCAAGAACCCUGAACUUGUGUCUUUCAACACAAUUGUAAUUGAGUCCGUUGUUGAAUGUCCUCGAGAUUGCCAUGGAAACGGAGAGUGCGUUUCGGGAACCUGUCAUUGUUUUCCUGGAUUUCUAGGCCCCGAUUGUUCGAGAGCAGCCUGUCCUGUAUUGUGCAGUGGAAAUGGCCAGUAUGGCAAGGGACGCUGCCUCUGUUACAGCGGCUGGAAAGGAACCGAGUGUGAUGUUCCCAGUAACCAGUGCGUGGAUCCUCUAUGUGGUGGCCAUGGAAUAUGCAUCAUGGGUUCAUGUGCUUGCAAUGCAGGAUAUAAGGGAGAGAACUGUGAAGAAGCCGAUUGCUUGGAUUCAUUUUGUUCGAAUAAUGGGGUUUGUAUUCAUGGUGAAUGUCACUGCAACCAAGGAUGGGGUGGUACCAACUGUGAAAUCCUCAAAUCCAUGUGCCCCGACCAAUGUUCAGGUCAUGGCACUUAUAUUCAAGAAUCUGGAAGCUGCACUUGUGAUACCAACUGGACUGGGCCUGACUGCUCCACUGAAAUCUGUUCGGUUGACUGUGGCUCUCAUGGAGUUUGCAUGGGGGGAUCAUGCCGAUGCGAAGAUGGGUGGACAGGACCUUCCUGCAACCAAAGAGCAUGCCACCCUCGCUGCUUGGAACAUGGCACAUGCAAAGAUGGGAAGUGUGAAUGUAACCAAGGCUGGAAUGGAGAACACUGCACAAUUGAAGGUUGCCCGGGACUCUGUAACAGCAAUGGAAGAUGCACUUUAGACCAAAAUGGAUGGCACUGUAUGUGCCAGCCAGGCUGGAGAGGAGCAGGAUGUGAUGUAGCCAUGGAAACGUUGUGUACUGACAGUAAGGACAAUGAAGGAGAUGGCUUAAUCGACUGCAUGGACCCAGACUGCUGCUUACAGAAUGCCUGCCAGAAUCAGCCGUACUGCCGAGGCCUACCUGAUCCACAGGACAUUAUCAGCCAGAGCCAGCAGUCACCGUCCCAGCAGGCUGCCAGGUCUUUCUACGAUAGGAUCAGCUUCCUCAUAGGACCUGACAGCACCCAUGUCAUACCGGGAGACAACCCUUUCAAUAAAAGCCUUGCAUCUGUAAUUCGAGGCCAGGUUCUCACAGCUGAUGGAACACCGCUCAUUGGAGUCAAUGUGUCAUUUCUGCAUUACCCGAACUAUGGAUACACGAUCACACGCCAAGAUGGGAUGUUUGAUCUGGUGGCUAAUGGUGGUGCCUCUCUUACGCUCAUGUUCGAAAGAGCUCCAUUCCUCACACAAUACCACACUGUCUGGAUACCGUGGAAUGUUUUUUAUGUCAUGGAUACCCUAGUGAUGAAGAAGGAGCAGAAUGAAAUACCUAGUUGUGACCUGAGCGGAUUCAUCAGACCAAACCCUGUUAUAGUAUCAUCUCCUUUGUCCACAUUCUACAGGUCAUCUCCUGAGGACAGCCCUAUAAUUCCUGAAACACAGGUGCUCCAUGAAGAAACAACCAUUCCAGGGACGGAUUUGAAACUAUCCUAUCUAAGUUCCAGGGCGGCAGGAUAUAAAUCAGUUCUUAAAAUUACAAUGACCCAUUCUGCAAUACCCUUCAAUCUAAUGAAAGUUCAUCUUAUGGUGGCGGUAGUUGGAAGACUUUUCCAGAAAUGGUUUCCAGCUUCUCCUAAUCUUUCCUACACCUUCAUUUGGGAUAAGACAGAUGCUUAUAACCAGAAAGUCUAUGGAUUAUCUGAAGCUGUCGUAUCUGUCGGGUAUGAAUAUGAAUCAUGUCUUGACCUGACGCUAUGGGAGAAACGAACAGCUGUUCUGCAGGGCUAUGAGUUGGAUGCUUCAAAUAUGGGUGGCUGGACCUUAGAUAAGCAUCAUGUACUGGAUGUGCAGAAUGGUAUCCUCUACAAAGGCAAUGGUGAAAACCAGUUUAUUUCUGAGCAGCCGCCAGUUAUAAGCUGUAUUAUGGGCAACGGCAGAAGACGCAGCAUCUCAUGCCCAAGUUGCAAUGGCCAGGCUGAUGGCAACAAACUUCUUGCUCCUGUAGCAUUAGCCUGUGGAAUAGAUGGAAGUUUGUACGUGGGAGACUUCAACUUUAUCCGCCGUAUUUUUCCAUCGGGGAAUGUGACCAGCGUAUUGGAGCUGAGUAGCAACCUAGCUCACCGCUAUUACCUGGCCACUGACCCUGUAACAGGAGAUCUAUAUGUGUCCGAUGCAAACACCCGAAAAAUCUACCGUCCCAAGUCACUUACAGGAGCCAAAGAUUUGAUCAAGAAUGCCGAAGUGAUUGCUGGCACAGGGGAACAAUGCACUCCCUUUGACGAGGCAAGGUGUGGAGAAGGGGGAAAAGCUGUUGAAGCAACGCUCACCACUCCAAAAGGAAUUGCAGUGGAUAAGAAUGGAUUAAUCUACUUUGUGGAUGGAAAGGUCAUCAGAAAAGUAGAUCAAAAUGGGAUCAUAUCAACACUGCUUGGAUCAAAUGACCUGACCUCGGCACGGCCCCUGACCUGUGACACAAGCAUGCAUAUCAGCGAGGUAAGAUUGGAAUGGCCAACGGAUUUAGCCAUUAAUCCAAUGGACAACUCUAUAUAUGUUCUGGACAACAAUGUAGUAUUGCAAAUCACUGAGAAUCGCCAAGUCCGCAUUGCUGCAGGAAGGCCAAUGUACUGUCAAGUUCCAGGUGUUGAAUACUCAGUAGGAAAAUAUGCAGUUCAAGCAAUACUAGAAUCUGCCACCGCUAUAUCAGUAUCCUACAGUGGAGUGCUGUACAUCACUGAAACUGAUGAAAAGAAGGUAAAUCGCAUUCGACAAGUUACUACUGAUGGAGAGAUUUCGUUGGUCGCUGGCAUACCAUCGGAAUGUGACUGCAAAAAUGAUGCCAAUUGUGACUGCUACCAAAAUGGAGAUGGUUAUGCAAAAGAUGCCAAAUUAAGUGCCCCAUCAUCACUUGCUGCUUCCCCAGAUGGCACAUUAUACAUUGCAGAUCUGGGCAAUAUUAGAAUCCGUGCUGUCUCCAAAAACAAGCCUGAGCUUAGUUCAAUUAAUUAUUAUGAAGUUGCAUCCCCGACUGAUCAAGAACUUUAUAUUUUUGAUGUCAAUGGUACCCAUCAAUAUACAAUGAGCCUAAUAACUGGAGACUACUUAUACAACUUCAGCUAUAGUAAUGAAAAUGACAUAACCGCAGUGACUGACAGCAAUGGAAACACCCUCCGCAUCAGAAGGGAUCCAAACCGUAUGCCAGUGAGAAUUGUUGCGCCUGACAAUCAAGUAAUCUGGUUAACAAUUGGCACCAAUGGCUGCCUGAAGAGCAUGACUGCCCAGAGCCAAGAAUUGGUAUUAUUUACCUAUCAUGGCAACAGUGGACUCCUUGCAACAAAAAGUGAUGAAACUGGAUGGACGACCUUCUUUGACUACAACAGUGAAGGACGUCUUACCAAUGUUACGUUCCCAACGGGUGUUGUCACAAAUCUCCAUGGAGAAAUGGACAAAGCCAUCACAGUGGAUAUAGAGUCAUCUAGCAGAGAGGAAGAUGUCAGCAUUAUUUCCAAUUUAUCUUCAAUUGAUUCAUUUUAUACCAUGGUUCAAGACCAACUAAGGAACAGCUACCAGGUUGGCUAUGAUGGUUCCAUCAGAAUUAUCUAUGGUAAUGGAAUGGAUUUGCAUUUCCAAACGGAGCCCCAUAUCUUAGCAGGGCCUGCCAACCCAACCGUUACGAAAAGAAAUAUGACUCUUCCAGGAGAGAAUGGGCACAACUUGGUGGAGUGGAGGUUCCGAAAAGAACAAGUACAAGGGAAAGUCAAUGUGUUUGGUCGAAAGCUCAGAGUAAAUGGCAGAAACCUCCUUUCAGUUGACUAUGAUCGAACCAUGAAGACAGAGAAGAUCUAUGAUGACCAUCGAAAAUUCACGUUGAAAAUUAGUUAUGACAGUGCAGGUCAUCCCACCCUGUGGCUCCCAGGCACCAACUUCAUGUCGGUUAAUGUCACAUAUUCAUCCACUGGCCAAAUUGCUAGCAUUCAACGUGGUGCCACUAGCGAGAGAGUCGACUAUGAUGGACAGGGCAGGAUUGUAUCCAGGUCAUUUGCUGAUGGCAAGACAUGGAGCUAUACUUACCUGGAAAAGACGAUGGUCCUGCUGCUGCACAGUCAACGGCAAUAUAUAUUUGAAUACGACUUACUGGACAGGCUUUCAGCUAUCACAAUGCCCAGCGUUGCCAGACACACUAUGCAAACCAUUCGCUCCAUUGGCUAUUACCGAAACAUAUAUAACCCCCCAGAAAGUAAUGCUUCUGUUAUAAUGGAUUACAAUGAAGAGGGACUACUACUCCAAACGGCUUUCUUGGGAACAGGAAGGAGGGUUCUGUAUAAGUACAAGAGGCAAACAAAAGUCUCAGAAGUUCUUUAUGAUAGCACAAGAGUCAGCUUUACAUAUGAUGAGACUGCCGGUGUCCUGAAAACAGUAAACCUUCAGGGAGAUGGAUUUAUUUGCACCAUUCGAUACCGGCAGGUUGGCCCCUUGGUAGAUCGGCAGAUAUUCCGCUUCAGUGAAGAUGGCAUGGUUAAUGCGCGCUUUGACUACAGUUAUGACAAUAACUUCAGAGUUACUAGCAUGCAGGGUGUGAUCAACGAAACCCCUUUGCCCAUUGAAUUAUAUCAGUUUGAUGAUGUAUCUGGCAAAAUGGAUCAGUUUGGAAAGUUUGGUGUUCUCCAUUAUGAGGUGAUCAAAGUUAUUUCCACUGCUGUGAUGACUUACACAAAGCACUUUGAUGCCCAUGGGCGGGUAAGAGAAGUACGAUAUGAUGUACUGAGGUCAGAAAUGUAUAGACUUACUGUACAGUAUGACAGCAUGGGGAGAGUUACAAAACGGGAAAUUAAAAUUGGACCUUUUGCUAACACCACUAAAUAUGCUUAUGAGUACGAUGGAGAUGGUCAACUUCAAACUGUUCUACUCAAUGAGAAGAUUAUGUGGAGAUACAAUUAUGAUCUCAAUGGUAACCUCCAUUUGCUGAACCCCAGCAACAGUGGCAGAUUAACUCCUCUGCGUUAUGAUUUAAGAGAUAGGAUAACAAGACUAGGUGAUGUUCAGUAUCGCUUAGAUGAAGAUGGCUUCCUCCGUCAAAGAGGCACUGAGAUCUUUGAGUACAGCUCCAAAGGUCUCCUCACUAGAGUGUACAGCAAAGGCAGUGGGUGGACUGUUAUAUAUCGCUAUGAUGGUCUUGGUCGCAGAAUAUCCAGCAAGACCAGUCUUGGGAAACAUCUACAAUUUUUUUAUGCUGAUCUUAAUUAUCCCUCAAGAAUAACUCAUGUAUAUAACCAUUCUAGUUCUGAAAUAACAUGCCUAUAUUAUGAUCUACAAGGACAUCUUUUUGCCAUGGAAAUAAGUAGUGGUGAAGAAUUCUACAUUGCCUCAGAUAACAAUGGCACCCCUCUGGCUAUUUUCAGUAGCAAUGGUCUCAUGCUGAAACAUGUCCAGUACACUGCUUUUGGUGAGAUAUAUUUUGACUCUAACCCAGAUUUUCAGUUAGUGAUAGGAUUCCAUGGAGGUCUUUAUGAUCCACUCACAAAACUAGUACACUUUGGUCAAAGAGACUAUGAUAUAUUGGCUGGACGUUGGACCACACCUGAUAUAGAAAUAUGGAAGAAAAUUGGCAAAGACCCAGCACCCUUUAAUUUAUACAUGUUUAAAAACAACAAUCCUGUCAGUAAACUGUAUGACAUCAAGGAGUAUACAGAUAUAAACAGCUGGCUGAUGACAUUUGGGUUUUAUCUACACAAUUCCAUUCCUGGCUUUCAACACCCUAAACUUGAUUUAACAGAGUCAUCUUAUGAACUUAUGAAGAGUCAGCAAUGGGAUGAUAUACCACCUCUUUCUGGGGUACAACAGCAAGUUUCAAGACAGGCAAAGGCUUUCCUAUCACUGGGUAAAAUCCCAGAGAUUCAAAUAAGUAGACAUAAAACCAGAGAGGAGAAAUCAUGGUUAUGGUUUGCUACUGUGAAAUCACUGAUCGGAAAAGGAGUCAUGCUGGCUGUCAAUGAAGGCAAAGUCAUCACUAACGUUCUCAAUAUUGCAAAUGAGGACUGCAUCAAGGUUGCGGCAGUUCUCAACUCUGCCUUCUACCUAGAGAAUCUACAUUUUACCAUAGAAGGGAGAGACACCCACUAUUUCAUUAAAACCACCACUCCAGAAAGUGACCUGGCCACCUUAAGGUUGACCAGUGGGCGGAAAACCUUAGAAAAUGGCAUCAAUGUGACAGUCUCCCAGUCUACCACAGUAGUAAAUGGAAGAACUCGCAGGUUUGCUGAUGUGGAAAUGCAGUAUGGUGCCCUGGCUUUGCAUGUACGUUAUGGCAUGACGCUUGAUGAGGAGAAGGCUCGAAUCCUAGAGCAAGCAAGACAAAGAGCUCUUUCCCAUGCCUGGGCCAGGGAACAGCAGAGAGUAAGAGAUGGUGAAGAGGGUGCGAGGUUGUGGACUGAAGGAGAGAAAAGACAACUGCUGAGUGCUGGCAAAGUACAAGGAUAUGAUGGGUACUAUGUACUCUCUGUGGAGCAAUACCCUGAAUUAGCAGACAGCUCUUACAAUAUACAGUUUCUCAGACAAAGCGAGAUUGGAAAAAGGUAACACAACGGCCUUGCUGAGGCUGCCAAAGAGACAUGACACUUGUGCUUCCUGCAGAAAGGGAGACGGAAACUGUUUUGCUGCAUAGUUAUUUGAGCUUAGACUCUAUAUUGGCUCAAAUAUCCUCUCUGUAGCACAAUCUGUACUGGACUCUCAAUUUAAGAGCCUUCUUGGGGAAAGAAAAUGCUGUUGGCACCCACCCCUAUGUUUUUAUGAAUGACCUUAAAGGUGAUCUGCUUUAAGAUAACAUGUUUACAUAUGCAUAUCACUGCACUUGGACUGGAGAGUAAAGCCUAUAGAUUUUGCAGUAGGCUCUAUCUACGUUCAUCCAGGCACUGUAUUAAAAGAAAAAAAAAAGAAUCAAACCGAAUAUCUGUACAGUGUUUCUGAAUAUUAUUGAAAUGUUGACCUUUGCUUACCAGAAGUAGUUUCUCGAUUUCUCUUUCUCUCUGCAUAGGAUGUGGUAUAUAUCAUUGUUAAUUUUGAAAUGUGGAUCAAAAUUACUGUUUAUAGACAACUCGACUGCUUUUUCCGUGCUGCUUUAUAAAAGAGGCAAGGACAAUAAUUGGCACAAGUGACUUAUGCUACCAUGUGACUUUAAAUACAGAUUUUACAAUGCUAACAUGGUUUGCCUUCAACAACAAAAAAAUAUUGCAAGUAGAAUUCUCUGCAAGUUUGAGCAAAGGAAUCUGUUUGUUUUCUUUCUUUUUUUUGUAAAUUAUGUGAAACAAGUUGUUUAUGGAUUUUUAUAGGAAUUACAAUUUACUGUACAUCAAAUAUUAGUCUCAGAGGAGUUAAUUUAUGUAAAAGUGUUUCAGAAAGUUUAUAUAUAAAAUAAAAUGAUAAAAAAAAAUGAAUGUAAAAUCUCUUAAGGGUCCUUUUUCUAUGGAUAGUUUUAUAGUCAUUUACAUUCUUCGAAUACUAGAAUCUAAAGUAAGCUCAUUGGACCUAUAGAUUUAAAUAGAAGAUAAUUAAAUAUUAAAAGCAAUUUUACAGUGUGAAUAAAUAUACAUAUAAAUGGUUUAAUUAAUAAGUAAAAAAAAAAAAAGAUAAUGCUGCAAAGUGUAGGAAAGCGAGAAAUUUGGGAAUUUCUAGCUCCUUCUGCUUUCCAGGUUAUA